UUGGACUGGCACAAGAGUGGAAAGGUGACACUCCACGAGAGGUGACAGCGCAGGAAGCUGAACCCUCACAAGAGUGGAAAGGUGACACUCCACGAGAGGUGACAGCGCAGGAAGGUUCCUGUGUACAGAUUCCAUGUCAUUACAGUUACCCAUCGUGUCUGGAAAACCAACCGCGAGGUGGACUCUGGUUUAAUAAUGAGGAACAGAUUCCCUCGGCUCCCAUAGCCUUUCACUCCAAGGAUCACAGUCACGAGUUACCACGGUUCCACCAUCGGACCCGGCUGUCUGGAGACCUGAAAGAUGGCGACUGUUCCCUGAUUAUAAACAACAUCACACGGGAAGAUGCAGGACCUUAUUUUUUCAGAAUAGAAUUUGACAAUGGUCCGAGCCAUAACUAUUACCCUGUAACCCAGCUUCACGUUUCUGUUGGACUGUCACAAGAGUGGAAAGGUGACACUCCACGAGAGGUGACAGCGCAGGAAGGUUCCUGUGAACAGAUUCCAUGUCAUUACAGUUAUCCAUCACAUUUGGAAAACCAGCCGCGAAGUGGAGUCUGGUUUAAUAAUGAGGAACGAGGAACAUCGUCUAUAGCCUUUCAUUCCAAGGAUCACAGUCACGAGUUACCACGGUUCCACCAUCGGACCCGGCUGUCUGGAGACCUGAAAGAUGGCGACUGUUCCCUGAUUAUAAACAACAUCACACGGGAAGAUGCAGGACCUUAUUUUUUCAGAAUAGAAUUUGACAAUGGUCCAAGCUAUAACAAUUACUCUGUAACCCAGCUUCACGUUUCUGAUUUCCCAGAUAAACCCACAAUAUUCCCUGCUGAAAUUAUUGCAGGAAAGCGUGUGGAUGUAAGCUGCACCUUCAACACAACGUGCAAUGGAACAGCAGCACCUGUCUUAACCUGGGACACUCCCACUGACGUACCUGGAUCAGUCUCAAACACUGUAACUCAGCAUGGUGUCACUCUGACCUAUACUUCUGUUCUGACCCUCAUCCCAUCACUCAAACACCACGGACACACUCUCAGCUGCAGAGUGAGAUAUCCAUCUGUUUCUUCGGAGCGGACCCUCGUACUAACUGUGCAAUACCUUUCAUGCAUUGACGAUAUCACUUCACAAGUUCAGAAUUACUACAUGUACAUAGGGAACCAUUCUCAAACUGUACUGAGUCAUUCAUUGGCUGAUUUUACAGGAGGGAGCAGCACAGGAAGAGGUCAUUCAGCCCAAGCAGAGCAUGUGGGCAGUUCCUCCCCAGGCGAGCAGUCGGACAGGUCCUGGAAGAGAGGCGAGGGGAAAGCAGGAAUCAAAUCGAACCAUCGUGUUGAUGAAUAUCCAGGUCCUGUUUAUGAAAACUGUGAGCGUGGUUGGGCUUUGAGGAAUCAGAAGAAAGAUGAGAAGUAUCUGGUAAUGAAAUCUAACCGCGGAGUCAAUCCUGAUACAGAUGAUGAUCUUUACGCAAACUGUGAUUUUGCCAAGGAUUCUGUUUAUGAGAAUUUAUAAACUGAGCAAGAAUGAGACACACACAGUGUGGGGAGAAUACAGAAUGGGAGAAUCAUUCAAAACUCCAAUUUACCUUCCUAAUAUCCACAGGAACUCACUCCCAGGAAAUAGAUUUAAACCUCUUGUUACAAUCUGAUGGAAUUUCUUCGGAAUGAUCUAUCCAGGAUGGUUGUCUGUGGGUUUCAAUUUGAACAUCCUCCUUCACAAUUGUCCCUCACUGUUGGAAACAUCCUUCUCUCCAUUCUGAUUGUAAAUGUCUUUAGAUAUCGUUCGAUGAUGUACCAGGACAGGACGGACAAAUUAAAUCCCGUGUCCGUGAUGAUGAGUUAAUUUUCAUUCUGUUAUUCACCUUCCUGUCUGUCAGUGUUUACAGAAUAUUCAUCAGCCAGUGUAGACUUCAGGAAAUGCAGGAUCGGUGGAUAAUUGCAGCAGAGGAGAUCGGGAUAACUUACUCACCAUUUUACAGUCAAAUGUAUUUUCAGAUAUAUAUUUGGAUUUUACACUUCAUCGUUAAACAGCGAAACUAACAGCAAUCCCAGAAACAGGGAAACAAUUUGAUUGGAGAUUUGAGAAAUUCCCUGCAGUUUGGAGGAUAACAGAUGUGCUACAGUGCCACCACUGGUGGGAGGACAUCAUUUCAGCGUGACAUGUUUACAUUGAUGUUGCCAAUGAACAUAGGAAAUUAUGAUGUGAAAAAUUGGUUGCAGGUUUACCUUCUUCAGUAUGUCAUGGAUGGAUGAGACAGCUUUGAUAACAGAAUGAGAUAUAACUGCAAUAAACCACCAUUUUAGUCUUUCAUUCUUGGAGAGUACAAUUAGCAUCCAUCCUGAAGGCUGAGUGGAUGGGUGAACUGUGCGAUGUGUUACAGAUUACAGAGACAAACAUCCUCGAUCCUGGUUCCGCUCUGUGUUUGAUGAGAUGCUUGGAUCAAAGAUUGGGAAAAUAAAUAAUCCUCCUGCA